AUGGGGUCCCUUCCAGCAGUCGUCGACUUCGAUGCCCCGAGUGACAGGGUAUUGAGCCCAUCUGUGCUGGCUCAUGUGGUCUUGCGCACCCAGAAGUUCCAGGAAAUGCGUGAUUUCUACACCACCUUCCUCGGUGGUCAUGUCACCCACGGAAAUGACUUUAUAUGUUUCAUCACCUACGACCAUGAGCACCACCGUAUCGCCCUGAUCCAGACCCCUGACACUGGGCCAAAGGUGCCUACCAGCUCGGGCUUGCACCACAUUGCGUUCACGUUCGACGACUUGCAGACUCUCCUGCUGUCAUAUCGCCAGCGCAAGGCCCGAGGCAUAGUGCCGACCUGGGGCGUCAACCAUGGCACUACAAUCUCGCUCUACUACAAGGAUCCGGACGGGAACCUGCUCGAGACUCAAGUCGAUUGCUUCGACACCGCCGCCGAAGCCACAGAGUACAUGAUGAGCAAGGAGUUCGCCGAGAACCCGAUCGGUGCAGAUUUCGACCCGGAGGACUUGAUCGAUAGGAUCAGGAAGGGAGAGCCCGAGGCCGACCUGAAGCGCCGAGCCAAUGUUGGACCCAGGACGCGGCCAAACCUUGACUGA